GUACUUUUUUAAAAUCACCUCCUUAAUUACUUACAAAUUAACUUAUGUUUUGAACAACAGAUUAAUAGCAAAGACGCACAGCUGCAUUCCAUACUUUUGGUGAAUGUAAAUGAUGCUUCACUCGUGCCCACUGGGGGGCGGUAGUGUCAAACAUUUCCUUCUGUCAAAAAAGAGGAAGUAACUACACUUGUGUUUUACUGCACUUCCAUGUACAGGGACCGUCAUGCAUCUGGGUGGCUGAGGACCUCUGGGAAUACUCCAGUGAUAGAUCACAGUGGGAGAUGAUGGACCCCGAGUUGUCGGUGCUGCUGCACUGUGCAGACUGGAGGGGCCUGAUGGAGUCUCAAAUACAGGUGGAGUUAUCUGAAAGGUUUAACAGGCAGACAGAUCCAGCUCUAGAGCGUCACAUAGAGGAGCUGUGGACAGAGCGCAUCUCCAAAGAGCCAUGGAUUUUCAACGGGGCCAAAUUCAGGCUGCACUCCUUUUGCUUGACUUCUCCUAAACACCCAUCCUGCAGUGAGUCACUCCAUGUGCCCCCUUUGAACUGUGAAGAAGAGGAAGGUGGAUUAAACAGCAGGAAAACAGCAGAAGGUCUGUGCACCAGGGAUUCUUUGCAUCCUCAAAACCACUUGGACCAAAGAAACAAGUUUGCAAGUCAGGUGGAAAAUGCAUCUUGUACACCAGCACCGUCAUCCUCAACAUGUGGCUGCAAAGAAGAGGGAGUUACAGCAUCACCAUCGAGCAAAACAACAAACAAUAAAGACAGCGAGAAUCUCCUCACUCUCAGACUAGGUCUUACAUCUUAUAAGGACUACCUGGGAACCAACUGGUCCUGUCAGGUGGAGGAGCUGCGGCGACGUGGGGAGGUGGAGUUUGGUGACCCGCAGGCUCUGCUGGCUCAGCCUCUGGGAGUGGGCGCGGUCCUGUGUACGGAUGACGGACAGGUGGUACUGAUCAGGAGGAGCCAGAGGGUGGCAGAGGCAGGAGGGCUGCUGGACAUCCCUGGAGGACACCCAGAACCCAAGGUGGUAUGUGAGCGUUUUGGCGAGGUGGUUUCUGAGGAGCAGAUCAAUGUGGAAAUGUUGAGGCCAAGGUCGGAAGCUGUUGUCUCCGAGCUGUUUUCAUCCAUUUGUGCUGAAAUUAGAGAUGAGGUGAACGUCCCAUUGACGUCCCUUGGUGAACCCGUCCUGAUGGGUAUCGCUCUGAAUCACACCAGCGCUGGAAGACCAAGUGCUGAGUUCUACGUCAGUUGUUCGUUGACAUCUGAUGAAGUUCGAAAGUUGUACUGGAAAGGAGGCGCAGAGGCCCACGAGUCCACAGAUAUCGUCUUCCUCAGCAAAAACGACAUGUUGCAGCUGGACAGGAGUUGUCCUCUGUGGUCGGAGCUGUGUCCUUCAGCCAAAGGGGCCAUGCUGCUUUAUCAGACUGUGAAGCCUGACGGAGACAAAUACUGAAUCAUACAACAACAGCAGAAAAUGGAUCCAGAUCAAGAGUUUUGUACACACACUGAAACAGCUUGAUGUCAAUCCAGAGUUUUAUUACAGUUUGACUUUAACCAUCCAUAGUGAUGUUUACUUAUACAAUGUUUCUUUUUUUUUUUUUACACUGUACAUUUAGGAAGAAUUAUGAAAAAAUAUACAAAUAUUCUGGAUUAAAUUUUAAAAGUGACUUGGAUUUAAAAUCACUAAAUACUGAUUGAUCAAAGCAGGUAGUGCAAUAUUUGUCCAUCAGUCUUAAAAAUUGACGUACCCAGCUCUCCAUAUUUAAGCAGAAUUAUUUGCCUUGUAAACGCACAAAACCCACUGGUGGUGUUUCAAGUUUUGUCACCAGUAGCCAUUGUUAUAGUAGUAGCCCUGAUGAUAAGCUGCAGUCCACUGAAAUAAAA